CCUCCCUCCUCCUCCUCCUCCUCCUCCUCCUCCUCUUCCUCCUCCUCUUCAUCUCUUCUCUCCUCUUCUUUUAAGAGGCCCGAGAGCCGAGGCGCGCGCUGCAGGGUGCCAUCCACCGCCUGUUAAUUUUUUUUUUUUUUUUAGGCGAAUCUUUGGACUGCACACGAGCCUCUGUCUCCCCCGGUCUGCCCGCCUGCCCGCGAGCACUGAGAGCGCGAGGCACCCCGCGGAGGGAGCUGUCCGGUGCUGAAGUUGCAUUUCUGUCUCCCUCGCUGCGAGAGGACUAAACCGAAGAGGAGGCAGCGACAGUCAGAGAAACUGCAAAGAAACAAGACGCCGCUGUUGGUUGAACGUCAACUCUUUUACCGGGUCAGUUCACCGCUCGCGCUUCUUCCAAAAAAACCCGAAGACAAUCUUUGCCGCCGGUUCUUGUCGGUGUGUGACGGGGCGAAACCAUCACGCUGGCCUCGGUGAUCGGCUGUGUUUGUUGUGAGUGUGUGUGGUUGUGUUUGUGAGUGUGUGUGUGUGUGAGUGUGUGUGUGUGUGUGUGUGUGUGUGUGUGUGUGUGUGUGUGUGUGUGCGUGUGUGUCGGUGUCGGUGUCGCACCAUCAUGCCAAGGUCUUUCCUGGUGAAAAAGGUGAAACUGGAUGAUUUCUCCACCGGGGCGGAUUUGGAGAACGCCUACCGGCACAGGACAGACCUCAGCCUGCGGCUCCAUGACAAAGGUGGUUACAUCAGUGACUACAUCAGCCCUGGUGUGUACGAUGGUGAGAGUGACAGCGGGAUCAAGGUGCCCUCCCCUGACCCCCUCUACGAUGGUAUCCACAGUGACUACGGGGCCCCUGACUCUGAGUCUCCUGACAGCCCCGGCUCAGAAAUCACUGAUGGUUACAUCAACGGAGACGCUGCGGUGAGUGAGGGUUACACAGUUGAUGCCUUCUUCAUCACAGACGGUCGCUCGAGGAGGAAAGCCAUCGGCAGCCCCAGGACCAUCCAGAGGCACACCUGCAACGAGUGCGGCAAAACCUACGCCACGUCUUCCAACCUGAGCCGGCACAAACAGACACACCGCUCACUGGACAGCAAGUUGGCAAAGAAGUGUCCGACCUGCGGGAAGGUGUACGUGUCCAUGCCCGCCAUGGCCAUGCACCUGCUCACGCACGACCUCAAGCACAAGUGCGACGUGUGCGGGAAAGCGUUCAGUCGACCUUGGCUUUUACAGGGCCACAUGCGCUCUCACACAGGCGAGAAGCCGUUCGGGUGCGCCCACUGCGGGAAGGCCUUCGCAGACCGCUCGAACCUGCGCGCUCACAUGCAGACCCACUCGGCCUUCAAGCACUUCAAGUGUAAACGCUGCAACAAGACCUUCGCGCUCAAGAGUUAUCUGAACAAGCACUACGAGUCUGCCUGCUUCAAAGGCCCCUUCGCUCCUCUCGGCCCCCUAGAUGCAUGACCCCCUGCAUAGAUUAAACAGACAAAACUGCAGACAUAAAUUACCAUUAUCCUUACAGACUGAACUGCAGACACAAACAAUCUAUUUUUGGUCAGAAUAUGACCUUGCUUUCCCUCCACUCUCACUCCCUCCCCGCCCCCCACACCACCACCUUGCUUUCCCUUGGAGUCUAUUCAUGAUGAUGAAGAUAGCACAAUUUUUCUCCUUGAGAUUUGCCCACUUAAGGAUUUAACUGAUCUACGCAUGCACUUCCUCAAAAAAAACUCUUCACCUCCUCUUCCUCUGUCUGUUCUGGAUAGAGACAAUAAUACAAACUUGGCUUCCUCCUGGCAUCUAGAUACAGUACGACAGUAUACAAUGAUGAUGAGGAUGAUGACAAAGACAAUAGUAGGCCUAUAGCUACUGGUUCCUCCCUGCACUGAAACGCAGUGAAAGAGUUUUUCCUUCUGAUUUUGUUUUUUUUGGGGGGGAAUAAUAGUAAUAAUAAUAGUAAUAAUAAUGAUAAUAAUAAUGUUCUGCUGCACCAAGUGACCAUAUUCUCUCCACCACUGAGGUAAAAUACUACUUAUUUAUUUAUUUAUUCAUGUACCUAUUUAUUUAUUUAUUCAUUUAUUUAUUUUGUAACAUUUUUGCUUAAUUUUGUUUGUCGUAAGUUUAUACUUGAUUUGAUAACAAUGAAGUAAUAUCGUUUCAUAUUUGUUGCACUUUAAUUUCUGUAUAUGUACUAUGUAGGGAUUUUGCCAACCUCUUUUUUUAUCACUACAGGCCAAAGCAUAUGUCACUUUUUUGAGUACUAUUUUUUCCUAUUAUGUUGUUUACCUUUUUCUUACUAACGUUAUUGCAUGCAAAAAAAAUAAUGAAAUCUAUGCCAACAUCAUAAAAAGCUUAUGAUUUUUUGCCAAAAUCCUAUAGAUAGAACCUGAGGGCAAUAUUUUUCUCUUGGAGCCUCCGUAGGACUCUUUAAAAGCAAUAAUCACCUAAUGCAUGGUAUUUUAUGAUGAAGUUAUGAAGUAUUACCUACUACUGUAUAGCAGUUUAAAAAUCAGGUAUGUUUUACUUCACCUAUAGUCAUAAACAGAAAAAUACUAAUAUUACAGACAUCAGGGAACAUGCCAAUGUAGUGUUAGAGAAACAAAAAGAAAAGUCCUGUCUUUCCUCUCUUGUUAUGCACUGCCUGCCUCUUAGUGAGUAGAACUAACGUAGGAUGUAGGCUAGAGAGGCUGGGAUCAGCUGCCUGCUGGGUGUGAGGCCUAUUGUAGGAUAACUAUGGCCCUUACGGACCCGUGCUAGGCUAAUUCUAGCAUGAAAUAAGCCUGCUAACAAUAACCAGGAGAGGCCUAACUUUGGAUUAGACCUUGCAACAGUUUACUCAGAUUGGAUCACUGGCCAUUCGUGUGAGAUUAGUGGUUUGUUAAAGGUUUUGUGAUGUUAAAAUGACACUUAAAUGUGUUUGAAACAUCAUUUCCUUGUCAUGUGGCCAAAUAAUAUAAUAACAGGCCUUCAACAAGCUUUUAAUAACCCUAGGAGAUCUAUCUUAUCCUGAUAUAAACAAUAAAAUAAGGUUAAGACAGAAUCAGACUGAAAUGGCAAAUUUUGCCGUGUAAGGUGCACCAACCUGAAGUGAUGCUUAGUAUACAUGAGGUUCAGCAAUUUUCUGUAUACUUUCAGAAGAAAACUGAGUCAAAGUUGGUGCAUCGUUGAAGUUGGGCUGAGGUCAACUUUAAAUGCAAUGCAUUAUUCAACUACCCCUCCAGUGCACUUCUAAACCAUAAAGCGUGCAUUCUUCAACCACAGAAAAAGCAUGCACUUUAGCGAGAUUGGCCUGAUUGCUGUUACAUUAACUGUUACAGUCCCACAUACAUUAGACCGAGUCCUGAUUAUUCUGCAGUAGGCCCCAUUCAUCCCAACUGGGCCAACCAUAGGCUAACUCUAUGAGUGAUAUACCUACAGACAGGCUAACUCAAAUCAACCCCGACCCAUAGACAGUUUAACCUUUGAUCUAACUGGCCAAUACCAGUGUUGCUGAACCCAGUUCUCUGCAGCUCAGAAACCUUUUCUACAGAUUCAUGGAGCUUCCCGGGAGACAGACUGAGGACACACAAAAAGAUUUGGAUGCUUGUUUAUGUUAUAUGCCAUAUGUGUUGUAACCUUUUAUAGACACAUACACACACACACACACACUCAGCGCCUGCUGAUGAGCUGUUGGAGGAGACCCAGAGAGAGAGUCUGUGGUGUCUUGUUAAAGCCCUCUGCAGUCAAACUUUCAACAGUUGAAAAGAAAUGGGGUUUAUAUUCAGAUGUGAAUCUGACAAAGGAGUUUUGAUGUUUCCUCAGGCAUGAGAUUACCCAAUUAGAGAUGGGGUUGACUGAUAUCCAAGGCCAUUUUAGGGAUAUAUGGACAAAAGGAGAGUCUGCACUGAAACAUGCACCCAUUACCUAAUUUCAUUUACAUCCCAGAGAUAAAGUUGUAAAACCUGCAUGACAUCAAAGGCAAAUCAGGUCUGACAAUGCUCUGAAGUCAAAAAGUCUCUAUUUUGUGAUAAAAGUGUUAUAUUGCAGGAGACAAUACAAUCUUUUAUUCUUUUACAAAAAUGAAACUCACAAGUCAAUAACAAUGAGGCAGUCUUUGUUUUGACUGGGGGAAUCAGUGUAUGAGUCAGCAAAUUGCAGGUCUUAUCUAUCUCCCUGAUGUGUGAACUAGAUUUGAGCUGCAAUUACUUCAAUUUGUAUCAGACGAUUAGUUGUAAAACUCUUUGUUAGGGCUUACAUCUUUGUCUUUUUAAUUCAUAAACGUGAAUACAAAUACGAUUCAAUAUUAAACGCACAAAUAUAGCAAAGAAAUGCCACUUAAUUCUCUAUAUGCAAAGAAAGCAAAAACAUUACCUGCAUACAGUAUUUCUUAACACUUCUUGGAGACAUCUAUCACUGGUGGAUACAUAUAUAAAUAACAAAAAGCUUCUAUUUUACCCACUGAAUCUAAAACUUCCAACUCUGUGAAAAUGAUAACAGUAACAACAUAAUCUCAGCAGUAGUGAUUGAUCACAGGAUGAAGGUGUCAUAGUUGCUGAACAAACUGCUGAGAGUAUCUCUGGCUGCGAUGUCUCCAGUUGUUGUUUACGUGUCACAAAUUGUAUCCUUGUGUGUUAAAACUCUGGUUGCAAUUUUGCAUUGCAGUCAAACAUCUUUGGCUAAAGUUGUUGCCGUGUG